CUUACAAGUUACAGGACUGCCACGAGAGAUAUUAAGGACUUUAGAUUAAGUAAAAGUCAGGGAAAAUAGGCAAGCAUAAGAAGAAAUGCAAUGAAAAACUAUUGCAGGAAACAGAAUGUCAAGGCUGUGUUUAGUUGAACAUCAUAGAGUUGCCUCAAGCUGACAAACUGGUAUAAAACUAGUGUUCUAAAGUAUUUUACUGCACGCCAUUGUACGUUGGACUGGCCACUAAUAGAGAACAUGAGUAAGUGUAAAAAAGAGCUGAGUGAGAGAGAAAGAGAACUGUUGCUCAUCCGUAGGGUCAGCGGUGCCAAUGCCUCUCAGCUGGUGCAGAUGGAGAAGAUGCUACAAGAAACCAAAGGGCUAAUGGAGAAGAAAACAGAGACAGAAUCAGAAAGCAAAGCCUGUGAGGACACCAUGGUGUCUGAUCUGGAGGAGAAGGUCCAACGCAGCAAGCGAGACCGUCGCAACUCCCUCCACCGGACACAGCUGCUGGAGAGUCAGAUGAAGACAGUUCGCGGCGAGCUUGUCGGCACCCUCGAUCACCUGCAGGAACUGCGUAACAUAUUGCAGCGUUCGCAGCAGAAUGCAAAGGAACGGGAAGCAGCCAUGCAAAAACUUAAAGCAGGGCUCAGAUCCUCUGCUUUGACUGAAGUUCUCUCAUAAUUGGUGUCCUCAUUCCACCCUUGAUGCCAGGAUAUAACACCACUGCCCUUUCCCCUCACUUCAUCCUCAGGCCAAAGGAUAAGCCAAUUACUUUGUCACACACAGUUUAAUGCAUAUUACAGGUAAAACACUAAAACAAAAAAAGUAUGCUGCUAAACACAUUGCAGAAGCACACAUGCCCAGAAGCAUACUGAAAAUAAAUGCACUUGGAUGCAGAUGGUUGCUUUCUCUUCUCUGUAUUAACAUACAUUUUGUAACUGCUAGUCAAUCCAGUCAAUCUCUACAUUCCUGUACCACAAAGACAAUAAAGCCCAUUAAACAUUUUGUAAUAAGAUAGAUAAAGGUAUGGUUUUAGUAGAAACUGUUGUGUUAUAAUAAAGCCUUGCAUGGUGGGUCUUAUGGGAGAUGAUGGUUUAUAACACAAUGUUCCCAGUUAUGAAAGACAUGAAAGAUACACAAAAAGCAAGGUUGAAGAUGACAUCCACUCUUAUGCAUGCACACACACACACUAAUACAAUAUUUCAUUUAUUAUUAUGUCUUCUGACACAGCCCUAUGA